AUGCACGACGGACUUCGCCAGUGCACCGACCGCGACGGCGACGGUACGCCCUACCUCGAUCUGAAGAGCCUGAAGGUGAUCUCUGUUCUCGGCCGCGGCGCGAAGGGCGUUGUCUUCCUCGUCCGGACCGAUGGCGGCGAGCUGCUUGCGCUCAAGGCGAUUUUGAGAUCUUCGAUCGAGAAUAAGAAGAAGAAGAGGAUCGCGAGCGGCGGCGGCGGCGAGUACAGGAGGAUCUGCUUCGAGAGGGAGGUUCUGUCCUCGUUCCUCCAUCCCCUGCUGCCGAGGCUCCACGGAGUUCUGAUGACUGAUGAGGUGGUUGGGUACGCUAUCGAUUACUGCUCCGGCCGCGAUCUGAAUUUUCUCAGGAAGAAGCAGACGGAGAAGAUGUUCUCCGACGAUAUCAUCAGAUUCUACGCGGCGGAGUUGGUGCUCGCGUUGGAGUAUCUCCACAAUUCCGGCAUCGUUUACCGUGAUUUGAAGCCGGAAAACGUGAUGGUUCGGGAGAACGGCCACCUGAUGCUGGUGGAUUUCGAUCUGUCGACCAAGCUCCCCCAAAAAUCGCCGGAAACUCGUCCGGCGCCGUCCACGCCGGCGUCUCAAAUAACCGCGCUGAAGAAGAAGAAAAAAAAGAGGAGAUUCGGUUUUCUGUUCAAGCGGCGCGACUCGGAGAUCUCCCCGGUUGACUCAGCCCGGCGAUCGGAACUCGGACCCAGCUCGCCGAGCUCCGAUUCCGAGUCGGUCCAAAAAUCGAACUCGUUCGUCGGCACGGAGGAAUAUGUGGCGCCGGAGAUCGUCCUCGGCGACGGCCACGACUUCGCCGUUGACUGGUGGUGUCUGGGCGUCAUGCUCUACGAGAUGCUAUACGGAACGACGCCGUUUCGCGGCGCCAACCGGAAGGAGACCUUCUACCGGAUCAUUACCAAGGCGCCGGAUCUGACGGGGGAGGCAACGCCGUUGAGGGACCUGAUCGGAAAACUGCUCGAGAAGGACCCGGCGAGAAGGAUCUCCGACGCCGGGGAGAUCAAGGGCCAUGAUUUCUUCAGGGGCGUGGAUUGGGAUGGAAUUACGGAAAUGUCCCGGCCGCCGUUUAUUCCUGAGGUAACGGACGUUGAGGGCAUAGAUGGAAAUAAAGAAAUUGACGUGGAGAGCUACGUCAAGGAGGUGUUCACAGCUGACGAAGACAGUAAAAUUGAGAAAAAUUGUGAAGAAAAGAGGAAUAAGGACGCGUGGCCGAGCAACCACCCCACGAAAAUUCAAAAUGACAAUUUUUUGAUUUUUUAA